UGGUGCUAACAAUUGAUGGAUUCGUUGCAACAGGAUGGUUGGACACCGCUGCACAGGGCAUCGCUGAAUGGACACAAGGACGUGGUUGAGCUGUUGCUGGCCAUGUCAAAAAGAACCAUCAUGAUUGUGCGUGAACAGGAACUUGAACAGCAAUUCCGGAACGACCUCGAACGCACGCUGGCAGAACGCCAGCAAGAGUCGGACAUUGACAGGCACGUACGCGUGAUUUGCGAUGAGAUGCUGACCUAA